CACUGGUUUGCCCAAGCCGCCCCUGUGCGUUCACUUCGCCUUCUUGUGCUGGUGAUGGCAGCUCCUGCUGCUGCCCUGGAAGAGGAAUUGGCCGCCAUGGAGGCUGCAGACGCUGCUGAUCUUGCAGCUGCACCUGCUGCCGAAGCAGCUCAUCCGGAGCUCCUGCUGCCGAAGCAGCCCACCCUGCUGUGGCAGAAGCUGCCCGACUACAAUGAAGCGGAGCAUGGAGAUGAUGGGCCAGGGCCAGAUGAGCUGGUUGUGGAAGGGAGUGUGGUGCAUCAAUCUGAAACUGGCCUUGUCCCUGCAGCCCAAGCUGCCCAAUCUGCUGCUCUCCAGCGCCAGCGAAUGGAUAUCGCAGAGAGCGUGAGGCAAGCUGUUGGCAGCACCUUUGGCUUGCGAAUGGAAGGUCUGCUGCUGGGCCAGGAAGAAAUCAAGCACCAUGCUGUGGCUCGCAUCCAUGCCCCUGCAAUUUUCAAUGAAGUCUACGACACGUCCAAAGAUUUCGCAUGGGCAACGUUCGGAUUUAACACCAUGGUGUUGAGUUUCUUCCCUGGUGCUGACAAGAACAAUAUGUCCAUGUCCGUCG